CUUACCGUUUCAAAAUUUCAGUGGGCGUGCGCUUCUUGUUGUUGUUCGAGCGUACUGAAGUCUCGUCACUCAAGUUUAACACAUUUACAUUUUGAAAGGUUUUUUCGCAGCAUUUGAGUUAUCGACCUUCUUUAUCAGCCAUGUCUUUCUCGAGAGCUCCUUUAAAGAGAUUUAACGAGCACGUCGGUUGUGCUCCUCCGCCUGGUACAUAUGAGGUGAAGUCCGGGGAUCUGAAAGGAGCUGCAUCGUUUCAUAAAGCAGAGCGCUUCAGAGCCGCUCCAAAAACAGCGGUAGCCCUGCCGUCCCCCUCAAAAGAAGUCCUCAUGUCUCCAGUUAGGAGGACCAUGUCUGUUGAUGGUUUGGCUGACACAUUAAGUUCCAAAAGGGACAAAAAUGGUUUGACACUUGAGAGGAAACAUCAGAGACUACUCGAGAAAGAGAUCCGUUCUUUGGUGCAGCAGAGAGGAGAGCAGGACCGCAGGCUGCUGACCCUGGAGGAAGAGCUGAAGAAGCUGGAGUCUAAAUUGCUUGUGGCUGUCAGAGAGAAGACGGGCCUCGCUGCCAAUGUGGCUUCUCUCGAGAGGCAGCUCGCCGAGUUAAAGAAAGCUAAUGAGUUCCUCAAGACCAAGGUCUCUGCAGAUAUCACCAAGAAGAAGAUCAAUGCUCUUUCGAUGGAGCUCAUUGAGGCCAAAAAUAAACUCGAUGCCAAAGACAAGGAACUAAGCUUUCUUCAGAUCAGCUCAGAGGGGAAAGUAAAGGUCUUGGAAACAGACCUGGAGACUGCCAGAGCAACUUUUAGAGUUCUACAGGAAAGGAACAAAGAUCUUGAGGACCUUCAUCAGGAGACAAGAGUCCAAAAUGAUCAACUCGAGAAUGAAAUGGAUAAAUUGCACAACAUAAUCCAGGAGCUGAGGGAGGAAAUCAAAGCCCUGCAGAGUUACUUGGACUCAGCAAAUGAAGAGAUUCAGGAUUUGCGGAUUAAGCUCCAGGACAAAUCCACCAUGGAGCGCCGCUGCUCUGAUGCUCAAGAGAACCUCAGUGAUGCGGAGGAAAAGUUAGAGAAAUGUACCGGUGAGCUGCGGGACUGUCAGGAGGUGCUGAAAGUAAAGGAAGAGGAGCUGCGGAGGUCUCAGCAGGAGCUGCAGGACUCCCAGAAUGCUCUAGAAGAGAAGGAGAGAGAGAUGAAGCAGCGCAUGCAGGAUCUCCAGGCCUCGCAGACCUCACUUAUAGAGCUGGAGGAGCAGAUGCAGCGGAGAGCCCAGGACCUCGAGGAGUCCCAGGGCACGGUGCGGCAGCAGGAGCUGGAGCUGGCCCGCGUGAAGGAGAUCUUGAGGAGAACGGAGGAAGAGCUGGAUCAGCGUGUGGCACUCAUGGGAGAGCGAUGCUUGGUGCUGGAGGAUGAAAGAGCCAGGACACAGGAGGAGGGUCUGCGACGGGUGCAAGAGUUGAAGGCAGAGAUUAGUUCAUUUGAGGAGAGUAGGAAGACCGAGAAAGAAGCAUAUGAAAAGCUGAAGGAGGAACACGAUGCGCUGACCAAACAACUGGAAGAGAAUAAGACUCACAGCGACUCCCUGGCUAGCAUGCUUGAGCGCCUGAGAGAUGAGGCUGAGGCGGAGAAGAGACAGCUCGGCGAGGAGCUGGAGGACGUGCUUCAAGAGCUGUCAGAGCUGGAGAAGCAGGAGCAAUGCAGUGAGGAGGCCAUCCAGCACCUCACGCAGAAGAACCAGACGCUAGAGCAAGAGCUGAAGAACACUUGCUUUGAGUUGGAGAAAAAAUGUGCUGACAUGCAGGCUUUAGAAAGGGCUCACGUGAUGGCAAUCAAAAAACUAGAAGAGGAUCACAACAGCUGUCUUGCUAAGCUGGGAGUCGUGACUACUGACUUUGAGAGCACAAGGCGGUCUCUGGGUGAGCAGAAGGAGCAGGCAGAAGCUCAAGCCCAUCAGCUGCAGGAACAGAUGAACCAACUCGAGCAACAGUUGCAGAAGGACCGGCAGGAACACGGAAGAUAUCAGGAAAUGCAGGAGAAACAGCGAGAGGAGCAUGCUAGUAUGCUUUUAGAAGUUCAGACUAAGCUGGCUCAGAGAGAAGAAGAGUUGAAGCAAGCAGCAGAGACUCUGAGUGAGGAGCUGAGACGCCGGCAGGCGGAGGUUGAGCGGGAGAGAGGAGAGCGAGAGCGGGCUCAGGCCCAGCUGGAGAGAGAACAGAAGAGGAGGCAGUCAGUGGAGGGCCGAUCUGCAGAAGCCAGCAGGCUGCGGGGCCACGUAGAGGAACUGGAAAACAAGGUUUCUGAGCUGAACAGGCAGGUGCAGGAGGGAAGAGACGCCGCUCAGCAUCACGCUGUUGAGUGGCAGCAGGAGAAACGACAGCUAUGCAGACAGAUGGAAGAGGAAAGGCAAGACUACCACAAACAACUCGCAGAGGCACAGCUGCAGAGAGCGUGUGAUGCUGAAACUGAGCACUGGAGAAACUUGUACGAAGAGCUCCAUGCUAAAGUGAAACCAUUUCAGGAACAGCUGGACCGCUUCGCAGCAGAGAGGAACGCUUUGUUGAAUGAGAAAGGAGCCACGCAGGCAGAGCUGAACAAGUUAGCCGAUGCCUACGCCAACCUGAUAGGUCAUCAAAACCAGAAACAGAAGAUCAAACACAUGGUCAAACUAAAAGAGGAGAACUUGGAGCUCAAACAAGAAGUGUUCAACCUAAGGGCGCAGGUUGGGAAACAGAAGCAGGAGCUGGAUCGGCUCAAGCCCAGUCAGACGCCGCGGAGAUUCGACCCCAGCAAGGCUUUCAAACACGACCUCAAAGAAAACCAGCAGCCCGCCUCUGCUCUUACGCAAAGCAACAAACAAUUGUUUUAAACUCUGGAUGUUGGACUACCUUUGAGUAAUGUUCCUGGAUUACGGAUGACUCUGCAACGUGAACACUGUGAUGGGAUGGUUAUGACGAUGCUAAUCUUAUUUAUGUUUUAUGUUGUGUUAUUAAUGUUAUUGUUGCUCAAUAUCCAUGUAUAAUUGACGACCCCCCUCUUUUUUUAAAUGUUGUUUUUGAUUUGACUACAGUGGUACAAACAUGCUUCUAUGGGCUUGGAUUCACCGAAUGUUCUGUUAGUUGGGUUUGUUCAGCACUGGGUGUGCCAUUGUCUUCAACCUUUUCUUUUUCCAAAGUUAGCCCACUCUGUUUAAGUGUCUAGCAAGCCUUAUGAGGAACUGUUCUGUUUGUUCCUCUUUUCUAUACAAAUUUGGUGUUUUGGAAUAUUAUUAUUAUUAUUAUUAUUUUUUUUUUUUUUUUUUUGUCAUUUUAAUACUUAAUUUGAUCGUUUGCUUGCUUUGUCUAUCACUGGUCUUAAAGACAUUACCCAUUGUGUGUGUGUGUGUGUGUGUGUGGAAAGUAAUACAGGUUUGGAGGCGUGAGAGCAAGUCUUUGAGUUAACUGUCCUUUUAAAUGUAAAAACUAUAUAUGUCCCUUUUUAAUAAAAAAAAAAUGGAUUUGAA